AUGCAUGCACUCUCUUUCACCAAAGCUUUGGUCUUUGGACUUUUGGCCACAGCACCACUCAGUGCUGGCUUCACAGUUGAAGCUCGCGGCCACGAUGUGGAGAGGAGAUAUGUGGGCUCACUGGCUUCUAUGGCGUCGAAAGUCGUCAGAGCGGUGAUUCCCGACAUUGAACGUCGCCAUCAUACGGAGGCCCAGAUUGCUGCGAAGGAAGCAGCCAAGGCCAAAGGCAAUCGUGCUCGCAGUCCUCAGGCUCCAGAUGAAUUUGGACCAUGGGACAGCACCGAGGAUGAGUUUGGCUCUUGGGUUGAUAAACGAUCGCCGCACCACACCGAAGCACAGAUUGCAGCCAAAGAGGCAGAGGCAAAAAAGCAUCAAUCGCGAUCUCCUCAUCACACUGAGGCUCAGAUUGCCGCUAAAGAGGCGGCGAAAGCCAAGGGCAACCACGCCCGAAGUGCUCAAGCUCCUGAUGAAUUCGGACCUUGGGACAGCACCGAAGACGAGUUCGGCUCCUGGGUCGAUAAGCGAUCACCACAUCACACCGAGGCUCAGAUUGCAGCAAAGGAGGCAGCAGCCAAAAAGCAUGAAUCCAGGGAGCCACAUCACACCGAAGCGCAGAUAGCAGCUAAGGAGGCGGCGGAGGCAAAGAAGCAUCAGUCUCGUGAGCCUCAUCACACGGAAGCUCAGAUCGCGGCUAAGGAGGCGGCGGAAGCGAAGAAGGGACAGCGCUGA